AUGAAGGAAGGGGAGGGGACGGGAGAGUGGGGAGAAGAGGAAGGAGGAGGGGAGGGAGAUGAGGAAGGAGCGGAUGAAUCUUCGUCUCCUCAUAAGCCUCUGUGGUUGCGAAAGCUAGAGGAGAAAGACGCACAGGCGCUGACAUUGCAGCAGAACGGGGGGAAGGGAGUGGGUGAGGGCAAGGGAGGGGCGAGAGGGAAAGGAGGGAGAAGAGAUGGGGGUGAAGGUGGGAAGGGAGGAGGGAAGGGAGGAGGGGAGGGAGGGGAGCUUCGAAUAGUUGCAGGCAGGAUGGUGAGGAAGAUCUCAAAAUACGAUAUGCUGCUUAAGAUGCUGGCGGAAGUUGCGAGGAAGGAGCAGCAGGCGAAGUGGGCGGUAGCAGAAUGGAAGAGGCUCGGCAAUCCGUGGCCUCCCGUCAUGGCUCGGCCGGACCUGCUGGCUAGGAACGAGCUCCCGGUGCGCUGUGAGUGGGUUCAAGGUGUGGUGCAUGGGGAGCAGGCAGCUAUAGUGGUGCUGUUUGUGCACAGGCACGUGGAGUAUCUGGAGGUGCCUCUGGAUGCUCUCUCUCGAGUUCAAGGCAUCAACGAAACCCUCCUCAUUGUCAGGGGUGCACAGGGGUGCACAGCGGUGCACAGGCACGCGGAGUAUCUGAAGGUGGCUCUGGGUGCUCUGAGCUCUCUCGCACGCAAGGCUCCUCAUUGUCAGCAGUUGACUCUCUCAUCCCUUCAAUCACCUUCUGUCGCGUCAAGCAGAUCUACUUCCCCCUUCCCCCCUAACAGCCCUUUCCUCUUCCUCGAUACUCCCAUUCCUUCCCUCUCAUUCCCUCACUUUGUCCGUUCAAUCACCUCUUGUCGCGUCAAGCAGAUCUACUUCCCCAUUGCCCCCCCGCCAACAGCCCUUUCUUCCCCCAUAUUGUGCCCAUCCCUCCCUGCAUCUAACAGCCACGACGGGUACUUCCCUGCCGUUGAUUCGCUCGUGGGUUCAGUCACCUUCUGUGCCCCCAUUCUCCCCAUUGUGCCCAUCCCUCCCCAUUGUGCCCAUCCCUCCCCAUUGUGCCCAUCCCUCCCCAUUGUGCCCAUCCCUCCCCAUUGUGCCCAUCCCUCCCCAUUGCGCCCAUCCCUCCCCCCAUCUAACAGCCACCACAGCUACUUCCCUGCAGUCGACGCCCUCGUGCGCUCACCUCUUGUCAUCUACUUCCCUCUCUCCCUGCACCUCCAAAACGGUUCCUUCCCUCCCUCUCCUCCCCUUCUGCGCCCACUCCCCCCACCUCCCCUCUCAACAGCCACGAUGGGUACUUCCCAGCAGUCGACUCGCACUUCCGUUGAGUCAUCUUCUGCCGUGUCAAGCAGAUCUCCUUCCCCUCUCCCCACACCUCCGCAACUGCUCAUUCCCGCGCUCUCCUCCCCUUCUGCGCCCAUUUUCCCCUCCCUAUUCAACAGCCACGAUGGGUUCUUCCCUGCAGUCGACGCCCUCAUCCGCUCAAUCACCUUCUGCUGUGUCAAGCAGAUCUACUUCCCCCUCUCCCUGCACCUCCAAAAUGGCUCCUUCCCCAACCGCUCCCCCUUAGACUGCCCUCCUAGCAGCAGCUUUAAAGGCCGCAGAGACGGGCAGCACGAGGAGGAGGGGCAGAGAAAAGGGCAGAAAAACGGGCAGGAAACGGGGCAGGGAAAGGGGCAGGAAAAUGGGCAGAAGGAGGGUCUUGAAAACGGGCAGGAGGAGGGGCAGCAGGAGGAGAGGAAAGAGGAGGGAGCGUGUUUUGGAGACGUGGACCAGAAUGGGCGGUACAGGGAUCCACACUUCAUGGCGUUAAAGAACACAGUGUGGGACGGCCUCUCAGAAACCAACACCUUCACCGGCCACAUGCUCUUUAUCGAGGAGGACCAUCUGCUCUUCCCCAACGCGCUCGCCCACCUGAAAUCCCUCAUUCGCGUGAAGAACGCGCGGUGCCCCGAGUGUGUGGCGGUCACGCUCGCGCCCUCAAACGUGAAAUCCCGAGGGGAGAGCGGGCUGAGGGCGUUUGUGCGCGAGAGGAUGGGGAACGUGGGGUACGCGUUUAACAGGAGCGUGUGGAAGCAGAUUCACAAGUCCCACAAGUACUUCUGUUACUUUGACGACUACAAUUGGGACGUGUCGCUCUCCGAAUCCAUCUUCCACUAUUGGCGCCACUCAGCCCAAACCCCAUCAUUCAUGUCACCCUUCCUGUGUCCAUUCUCCCCCUCCCCUUCCCCCCCACCGGCUCAUGAGCAGUACUUUUGUUACUUUGACGACUACAAUUGGGAUGUGUCUCUCUCCGAAUCCAUCUUCCACUAUUGGCGCCAGUCCUCCUCACUCCGCUGGUCGGCUGCUUCUGCUCAUCACUUUGGCCGUUGUGGCCUGCACUCAGAAAAGCCGGAGGCACCCGCCCACUACCUCGUUCGAAAGAAUAAGACUAAAUCUGAGCUUGGGGAGGAGCAUGUCUUGGAUGCUGAUGCUCGUGUGAACCCGAGGGGCCGACUUGACAGUCAUGGAGUCGUUCGAACAGCAGCAGCGAUAGCGAUGGAUCGGAGGACAGUGAUUCCAGUGAAGACGACAGGAGUAAACGGAAGUCAAGAUCGUCCAAGUCAUCUAGCAGCAAGGAUGAACGAGGAGAAUCAGAAGAAGAGCAGCAGCCGUCAUGACCGUCGCCGAUCCAGCAGGGACAGGCGGUCGGACAAGAAGGGAAAAAGCAAAAGGCGAUCAUCAGACAAGAAAGGAUCCAAAUCCUCUGGUGAAGCAACACCAGGCCCAGUGCAGCUCUCACAGUUUCUUGGUCGCGACGAUGGCUCCACACGCUACAGUGUCAUAUCAGGCAAGAAGAUUCGCAUGAAGGUGGACAAGACCAAGGACGACAAGGUAGCUGAAGCCAAUCGAUCUGAGCUUCUGCGCUUCCUUAAUUCAAGCUACGACUAG